AUGUUCACGGGCGUUGUAGGUUAUGUCAUGCCGCGUCGAUAUACUUCUUCGGCUCACAAUGCCCCAUCUCACAAUAAUGAUACAACCCCUCUUAUUAACGAAUCUCAGACCCCUUUACACCACUCUACGCUGUCCAAUGUUCAACCGGAGCUGAACACAACAAGUGCUGACACCAAUGAAGUCUCGUGUCUGCGCACGGAACUCUCCUUCUUUUUUCUUUCUUCUGUGCAACGUUGGAAAUUAACUGGCGAUAUCUCCUUCUCAAUGCUGGUUCAAUUUCUCAAAAUUGUCAUCGUCACUUUUCAGGUCCUCGGCACCGCCUUACCUGAAAUGGAGGUGUUUUGGUGGAGGAAAUGGGGAUAUUGGGACGGAAACGGACCCAUAAUAGGCCUAAAUGAACCUCGGAAUCUCAUCCUAUUUGGCACGCUCUCAUCGACUCGGGUGAGUUAUGGGGAACGAGCACAGGUGGCAUUCAGGCACCUCUACUUUCGUGGGUGGGACCCACAAUAUGAGACGCUACCCUAUCCACCCAGCACCGGGGUCUACGGCUUCUACACUCGAGACGAGUUUUACGAGGCUCUGAGUUUUGCUUUGCGACGGUACAAUGAAACAGAAUCGCUUUCACUUAAUGGCUACACUUUCAGCGAUGCGAAGCGUCCAGUCACAGCUUGUGUUGAGCAAUUUCACCCGCUGUCUCAUCUAAUAACCAUCCGAAAUGUGGUGGCAACUCCUCCAGCAGUUUGCAAAACCAUUAAUCUCCUUAAUGUCUCUGAGACUGAAAUCUCCGACUGGCAACACACUGAGGCCUUUUUUAACAAUCAGGGGCUUAUUCUCUACUUCUCAAGGUUUUGGAAAUUAUCGCUCAAUUUCUCACUUAUUUCACCUGCAAUCCAUCACACCGACUGGGAUAGGAGUAUCGAGUGCUUUCAAUUCAAUGUACAUAUUCUCUUCGAUAACAGCGGUCAAACGGGCCAGGUGGUGGCGACCCUGACGUCAGCGCCCCUUGAGGUAGUUUGCGCCCUCUUCAAAGGCGUGCGGCAAGACGAUGAGCCCGAGGCUGCGCCAACGGUGCGUCGAGUGGUCCACCUGGUGGUUGACCUUCUUGCUUUCAACACCUCCCUUGUCUCUCUGGGGCUCUGCGGAGUCGCGCUGUCCGGAGGUGCUCGACUGUGGAAGAGAACUAAACGAUUCUUCAAAGAGCACUACGGAAUGCGGUUGAGUGGUCUCUUCUUCGACUUCGUUAAUCCUUGGCUCUUCGUGGUGGUGGGAGGCGACUUUCUCAUCAUCUGUGGUUCCACUUUAAAGCUCGUGCACAACAAAGAUAUCUUAGUGGCCUACACCGAGUUAUCCUACCUCCUUGGUUUGGGAACCCUUUUGGUUUGGAUUAGCGUUCUUCGCUACGUCGAGUUAGCCUCUCAAACACACCUCCUCUUACGCACAAUCAAGCGCUCAGUCCCGGGUCUGCUUCGAUUUUGUGCCUGUGCUCUCAUCCUCUACUUCGCUUUCGUCUUCCCCGCUUGGGUGAUACUGGGCCCGUUUCACAUGAAAUUUCGCUCGUUUACAUCCACCCUCGAGUGUCUUUUCAGCCUAAUCAAUGGCGAUGACAUGUACACCACCUUCGCCACCAUUGACUCCACGAAGGGCAUGGGGAUAUACCUCUUUUCGAGGAUCUUUCUCUACGUCUUCAUCACGCUCUUCAUCUACGCUGUGUUGAAUAUCUUUGUGACAAUCAUCUUUGAGGCCUAUGAGGAAGUUAGGGAAGGCGAUGGGCCAGUGGCGGGUGGGAUGACCAUCCUAAAGCGUUUUAUUGGGCAAUCUGUUCCGUUGACGAAUGGAUCUGCUGACACCGCUUCACGGAAUCGAACAUCCUCCUCAUCGUCGCCCACAAUUGGAGCAGCCGUUUCAUCCACGGUGGAGAGCUUGGUGGAAGAGUGUCCCGUUGACACAGAUCGAGGGCCUCGACAGGAUAUAUGCUUCAGUGACUUUGGAGAUGAUGAUAAUGUGAAAGUAGAUGGAAAGGCACAUGCUGAUGAAGAAGAAACCUACUUUAAUGAGUCCUUUGAGUCAGAUGUAAAUAUCGACAACGUGCCGACUCCCCUCAAGUCGAAUAAGCUACACCGUUCAAACACACCGAGCACCAACGUUGCUUCCUUACCACCACCGCCUUCAACACAGCAACAGUUGCAACAACAUCGGCGUUACCGGCGGCACCGAAGUGACAUACGAGGCUCCAAGAGUAGUCAGCAGCAACGCCACCACCACCAUCGCUUUCACCCUUCGCUGGAAACUGAAUUGAGUUUGGAGGCAUGGCAGGCGAGUCAGAACCUUAUCGGUUCAUUGCGAAGCGAAAAUCAUCUACUUCAGAGCCAAUUGAAGGAGUGUCGAGUAGAGCUUCGCACUGUGCAACGCCAAUGUAAGGUCCAGAGUGCUCGGCUCUCAAAGGCGGUCGGACGAGAGGCGGAGAUGCCGGCGGUUAUUGAUCGAUUGAAUGCAGAAGUUCGUGCAAUGCAAAUCCGAUUAAGACGCAAGCAGGAGGCUGUUGAUUUGGCAGAACGACGAGCGCUUGAAGCAGAGGCACGACUGCUACCUUUGCUGGAGAAGCGUGAUCACAAGUCGGCUACUGUCUCCAGCGCAGCUUCUGUGAAUGAACACGAGGAGAUUAAGAAACGAACUCAAGCAAUAGACACUUUACAGACGACUCUUGAGGAGGAACGACGCAAAUUUCGUGAUCUACAAAGGAAGAUGGAACUGGUGGAAAGAAAUCACAGAACCGAGCAAGCAGCGGCUAAUGAGCAAAUCCGGAAGAUGAGAAAAUUCGUCAGUGACCUUCAAGCCCAACUAAACAUCGUAAACCGAAGCCUUCAAGAGAAAACUAAGUUACUAGAACUGCAGAAUAUCUACAGUCAGCGCCUUCCCAAAUCUGUGGUAACACAAGCCUCAGGACUGGAGUUUCAACGCGAGCGCAGUCGAAUUUCUGGUCAUUUCGGUCUUGAAGGCGAUUCUCAUGACGAGGCUCUCCAACGUCAUUAUGUCAAUCAUCGCCUACCAAAUAGUCGAUCACCUCCAGGAGGCGCUAAUGAGAUCACAGAGAAACGUCGUAGAUCUCGACAUACUGUCUGUCCCAUCUCCACUAUGGUGGCGAAAAUGAAAAACGGUCUCUUUACUCGCUCCUACACCGCCGUCAACAACAGACACGAAGGCGGUGGUACUGUUGAGGGUAAAGAUUCCUCCUCCACAGCAGGGAAUCUCCUGAGUCGAGGUCUCAAGCUAGUAGCUGAUGUGGGACAGAAUUUACCAGUGCCAGCGGCUAGAGGCCGAAAGAAAAAGGGGAAUGGAGAUGGAGACGCGGGUGAACAAACUACGACGACUCGUGGGGUGGAAGACGAUGCUGACAGUGACGAUGCAGCUAUGCCAGAUUUGCAGGAGAAUUUUGAGGUGAGUAGACAACGAUUGUCAUUCAAAUGGAGCACAUUAGUACCAAGUUUGCCAAGAUAUUUUAAGAGAACUGAAUUAGAUCAUAGGGCUAGACAAAUGAAUUUGGAAUCGAUAGAUAGUGAAGUUGCAGAAAAGAGAGAAAAGCAGAUCCCUAAACGAGUGGGGUCUAAAAUCAAGGAUCACAAUCUCGAUGAUAUUGUUCAAGAUCUUGCGGAAAAAUCAAAAAUAUCGAAAAGUGUGAAGGAGACACCGAAAGACUCCACUGCGGAUGCUAAUCUGAAGGAGCUCAAAGAGGAGUUAGAACGAAUCGUAAAGCGUCACGAAGCAUCAACCACCAAAGUGGAUGAGGCAAAGACACAACUAACCGAAUUGAGUAACCCCGAGGUGGCUGAGGCCUCAUCAAGUAGCAGGCACGAACCAUCUCGAGAGGAGUUGCUGUGGAAGAGCAUUUUUGGCAAGGAUGGUGGGGACCCUAUUCCUGAAUCCGCGACGUCACAAUACUUUCCAUCCUCGGCUUCCGCGGAGACGGGAGCCUCCAAAAAAAAACAAGUCACAAUAGAUCUGGUAGGUGAGACGACGACUAAUCUCCAGCAGACAGCAGGGCUUGCAGGUAACAAAUCUGUGCGUCGACAGAGCUCAGUGUGGAGUGCGUUGGAAGAUCUGGAAACGGAGAAGCUCCAACUGUAG